GCUAGGACCGCCGAGAUUCUAAUCCAUGGAUCACGCCCGACGCCAGGGGUCGAGGAGACUAACGGUUGGUCAACCAUUUAAAGACAAGAGAAUGAGACCCCACCGUUGAUGCUGUUGAUGAUGUGGGCUGCUGCUGUUUCUGUCUUCUUUUUAUGGGCGGUUUGCUUUUUUUAUUUUUAUUUUUCUGCUUUCCUCCCCACCCCCCGCCCCGAGCCCCUCUUACUGACGUCGGGGGGAAUGAUCUCGUUAUUUAUGGAAAAGGAAAAAAAGGGAAAUCUAAAGAAGGAAAAGGAAUAGCAUGGUGUGGGGGGGGGGGAAGCUUUCUCGGGACCAGAAGGCACCGUUAUAUAGUUUGAUAUUUAUAUGCUUACUGGCUUGCCACUUCAUCUUCUGUUGAUUGUCUUUCUCUUACCUUUUUGGCGCCGCAGAUCUCAGUGGACACGACUCGUUUGCUACACUAUAUCUGCUGCUUUGAUCAUUGCCAUCGGUGGCCCCAGAGAGGUAUCUAGCAGACUCUUGGGGCUUCCACAGCCUUACAGUCAACCCACUGAUCCAGUCAGUUGGGGUUGCUGGAUAAGGUCAUCCAACUCAAGAGAGAGGAGGAAAGAAGGGAGGAAGAAAAGUCAGAGAAAGGCAACACGAGAGCAGAGAUAUUGGAUGCAUAAACAACGGAUACCAAGGACUCAAAGUGCCAGGCGGACAAACUCGACCUAUAUACCUACCAACAUCACAAGCGACUGUUCUAUCACAUCGGCCAGUUUUGAUACAUUCUGCUUUGUUCUAUGGUCUCUGCUUGGCGGGGCAAUCGAUUGGGUUUUAACAUCUUUUACUCGACAGAAGCCCGCUUCCCACGUUGGAUUUGAAGAGGACUAGUCAUUUGAGACAAAGGCCAUGGAGAACGCGUACUCGGGACAACCGCUGCUGGUGGUAGAAGCCCCACGAGGCAAGGAGCCGGCAUCGUCCAGAGCAAAUCGCAGUUCAACAAAGGCCCCUCAAUCGUCUGGUAAGUCUGUU